AUGAUCGAUUGCUAUCAAGCCAAGGUUACCAGAGAGCCAGAGCCCAUCAGGGCAUUACCAGGCGCUGCAGUAGAGCCAGAAAUGACGUCCCCAACCUCCAACCCUGGCGAUGCUGACGACUCCCGCCGCUCGUCCGUCGUGUCCACCAGCUUGGGUGGGAGGGACCGCCCACGCGCACCGUUAGGACCCCGUACGCAUCAUCGUCCAGGUAGCAUGCGUACCCACUACUCCGUAACACCCGCGCCGCCGGCCACCACAUCACCUCCAGCUGCGGUGGCGGAACCGGAGGCGGUGCCAGCGUCGUCGUCGGGCAACCCAUCUGAGAUGACAGAUGAGCCCAUGGCGUUGUCCCCGACUCCCAUCACAUCGCCAAAGGCGUCAGUGGUGCUCGGCCCUGUACCAGAGGCUAUCAAGUCCCCUCCUCCUGCACUUCCCCCUCGGAGACUCCCACCGUUACGCUCCUAUCAACCCCUCGCUCCCGAAACAGCCACCGCGACGGCCUCGUCUCCAACCUCUUCCGCCAAACCGCUGCUCAGCCCCAAGACGACCUCUAGAACUAACGUCGAAGUGAUAAGCGCGGCGCAGAGCGAGUACAGCGAGGCGGAGUCGCUACCGGGGUACAAUCUCGACCGGUACCGCAGCCCCGAGGCGGUGGUCGAGCACAUCGAGGACAACGACCGUUCCUUACCCCCCGGUAUUGUGGACGCGACGUGGGACGACAAGUGGGACCACAACGGCAGUGACAAAUGGGAGCCCAAGACCGGCCAUCCGGAGCGCCCACAGAUCGGCCCUGGCCGCCUGCCUCUCCGCUUCCUCCAGGAUAUUCACCAGCAUCCACUGAUGCGGCCAGAGAUCAUCAACCUUCCCCGCCUUACUAAGUCACCAUCCGCAUCGCCGCGCACCUCCAUCUCUUCCCUAGACUGCGUGGGGCCAUCGAUACCUGGUAUCACAAUCGAAGAUGUGUGGGAGACCCUUCCGGGCGGGUCUGCGCAGCGCGGCGAGUGGUACUUCUGCGCCGAGUGUUUUGGAUGGUUUCACAUUAUCGUCGGGUCAGGCGAGGCACCAGAGUACCGCGGGUAUGACAGCCGCAUCCCGCGUUCGCGAAUGCACGAGUCUGACGAGGACGAGCUCCAAGCGUGGGGCACCGAGAACUCGCGCUUACGUGACAUACAUGCAAGCCGCUCUACAGCACCUCACUCCAUGAGCCAUUUCCACAAGUUUGAGCGACUGUUAGACCUCCACGGGGACGUCCGCAUCGACAGGGUCUCCGUUGACGGGCUGGUGGAGACGUUUACCCAUUUCGAUCCAGUCUAUGGCGUCGUUCCUUCACAGCUUGUGGACCUCAACGUCGGGCGCGAGAACAGGAGCGACUUGCACAUGUCGUGCUCAAGUGACUGCUGGGUCGUCGUGCAAGGGCCUGUUGGCGGACAGUUCCCCAAGGCCGCUGCCCAUGAGUGGACGCAGGAGAAGCGCGACAACCCCGGACCUGGUGGGGACGGCAUCGCGUCGGCCAUCGAGGGGUGGCAGCUCGUCCUCAGGCUCCUCCAGAACCCGCUGUUCCAGGACAAGCGGGGCUGGGUCAAGAUGUCCAACCCCAAGUUCCUCGAGACGAUUGGCCCGAGCCUCAGAUCCUCAGUAAUGCUACACCGCAUCGGCUUCAGCUGUAUCAACGAGAACGACGGAUACCAGGUCGGACCGUUUUCCGUUGGUGAACUUGUCACCGCGGAACAUGUGGACAGGAUGUUCAAGUACAUGCUGCGCACCUGGGUCGAGUUAACUCUCUACCUGCAGGCAUUCGAGCGCAGUCACGGCAAACCAGUGAACACCAACUACAUCUCGUCAUCCACGGUGAGCGAGGUCCUUGGUCCCACCCUCAAGCUCAAGAACAUUCCAAGAGCACAAAUGCCUUGGGGCAAGGAAUCGUACCCAGCUCUCGAGACGCUUGGUGUGUCUGCCGAGGACACGAUGGAUACCAUUGAUAUUGCAUACGACUUCCAGAUGUCUGAGAACAGUGCUCGUUCACCCGUGUAUUUCACCGCACUGGAACAGUUAUCGACUGUGGACCGACCUGACAUCGACACUCUACGUAUCAAAGUCGCUAUGGAGCGAUCCAUGGACCGGUUCUCCCUCGAUGAUUUAGAGAAGGCAUACGCACGUAUUGGGCUGGACCACGCCCAUCUAGAGGACAUUAUGGUCGACCGCAAAGAAUUACCCCCCGACUACAUCUACGACCGGCACCGAGAGACCAUUCAGAAUGCGACCGAUUCGGAGCAGCGCACCCAAAUCUCCAACGCCCUUAUCAUGAUUGGCAAGGAUCGGGGCGACUGGGUCAUGCAGGACCUCGGGCGGGCCGGCGGCACGCAUCUCUCUCUGGAGCAAGCGUAUCGCGAGUUCAACGUCACUCCGGAUCAGCCUAUCGAUAACGAGAUGCUCAUCUUGCAAUACGAGUCGUGGAUCGCCGAUAGACCCAGCCGCAUGGAACACUACCGCCUGGCGCUUAGCUUAAUCGCUAACGCGCCAGGGCAAGAGCGGCCAGCCAUUCAAGCCUUCCUCGAGGGCAAGGACAUAUCAGAGUUCCAGGGCCCCGUACGGCGCGACAUUCCAGCCGGACUGCGGAACAUUGGCAACACGUGCUAUCUCAACUCGGUGCUGCAGUUCCUUUACGCCGUCAAGCCGAUCCGUGACGCGGUCCUAGCGUUCGAGCAAACGCCAUCUGAGGCUCCUUUGGAGGACGAGGAUACCAAGGCGACCGAGAAGAGGAUCAAGAUCCAGUCGUCGUGUCGCUUCGUCGAGAUGCUCGGAGAGCUGUUCAAACAGAUGUACGAAACCGAACAGGCGGCGGUAACGCCGGCCGAAGAGCUCGCACGUCUCGCUAUUCUGCCCAUUGACUUGAUCGACCAGCGCCGCGACGCUGUACCCUCACCUAAGACGAGACUCACGAUUGACACCUUGCCAACCAUUCCGCAGCUCGCGUCGCCAUCAGCGUCGGGUGUGGCGACGACAGACACAACGCCAACCACCCCAAUAUCUGCGUUAUCUCCGACCAUCUCGUCCGGCGGGUUGUCGCCGCGAAGCAGACCGUCGCCGCCACUUCGGAGAGGCAGUGUCCUCGGCAAGAGGGCGAGUGAGGACCGCGAGUCGACAUUCGGCGGUAGCGAGGAGCGUCUGCGGUCGUCGGUACACCGCAGCACCAACCUGAUCGAGAUGGAUUCGCCGACGCGCGGAUCGCCCUCUGCACGCGACGUGUCCAGAGACGAGGACGUCGAGAUGACGAGCCAGGAGUCCCCAACGCGUGAGGGCAGUGAUCUGUCUCCAGCCGAUGCCGGUUUAUCCGGCCUGGAGCUUACGUCCCCAAGCAACGUCAUGGACGGCCCAGCGACUCCCAAGACGGAAACCCGCAUCAGUGCCCUACUUACUCCCGAUGCGACGCCGCCUCGCCAGAUUGGGCCACAGCUACCAGAUGAGGGCAUGAGUAUGGCGGACGCCUUAGGCUCUGGUCCGCCACCCUUGCCUCCUCGGCGUCGCUCGCUAGCGUUAGUGGCUGCGGAAAAGUUCGGCCUGCAACAGGACGCUGCCGAGAUUCUCAUCAACGUGCUCAGCCAGCUCGAGUAUGCGUUCGACAAUGGCGAGGGCGGUAACCUCAUCCAACGCCUGUUUUCGGCCAAAUUCCGGCAACAGAUGCUCAUGGACUCUGGAAACGGGUUCACCGAAUCUCACCAGCCCGUCGAGAGUCAGUUCUCACACCCCAUCAUCGGCGUCGAGGAAGACGACAAGGACUUAUACGACGGGCUUGCCGAGUUGUACCUCGGCGGUGACGAGGUCGACUACGAGGGCAAGAAGGGGUACAAGAUGGAUCUGCUGGACGAGCUCCCCCCAGUGCUGUACAUCCUCAUGCGGCGCAGCCAGUACGAUUUUGCACGGAACCGGCAGAUCAAGACAAACACGUACCUCAAGUUCGGGGAAACUCUCGCAAUGGACCGAUUCCUGGCUGGCGCCGACUCUGCGCGUCGCGAGGCGAGUAUCACGCUCACACGCAAGAUGAUGCGCAUGCGCGCGCGGCGCCACGAACUGCGUCAUCACAAACCCCUCUCCAUGCCAGAGACGUUCCGGUUCGUGCGCGACGCACUUGGCGACAAGCUGGGCACCCUGCUGGGCGACGACGCGCCUGCACCCGAGUUCCUCCAAGGCCUGGGCAUGCAGGCUGAGGGCGCCGAAGAAGAGAUCGCGCAGCUUAGUCGCGACCUCGUGCAGUGCAAGGAGACGCUCGAGGGGAUGUGGGCAGAAGCCCGCGACGUCGAGUAUGAGCUCGUGAGCGUGUUCGUGCACGGAGGCACGGGUACAGGUGGGCACUACUGGACGUACCAGACGGCUCCUGGCGACGACAAGUACUACUAUUACUCGGAUGACACAGUCAAGGACGUCCCGGCUACCGACGUAUUCCUGGACAAGUCGAACCAGGGUGUGAGCCCCGCGUUGCUGGUGUAUGUGCGCAAGGCACAGGGGCUGGUGGAUACGCUGCACCGCCGUGUGGCCGAGGAGGCAGCUGCGGAGGCGGACGCGGAGGACGCGAGAGAAUGGAGCGAGCCAGGCAAGAAGGGCGGCGAGGAGGUGAAGGAGAGCGAGCAGGCUAAGACGGGUGACAAGGCCAUGACACGCGAGGAGCGUGCAUCAUCCUCGUCACCUCGCGUCAAGUUUGCCGUACCCGCUGUUACUGGGCCGAUUUGGGGCGCUGGCGAGUGGCUGCAUGGGUAG